CUGUUGGAUCGCGGUCUGUAGGUGCUUCAUUAUCAUGGGUGGGGAAUUUAACGUCUACGCAAAAACCCCAUGGGUGUUGUUGUCUCUCUUUAGAGCGGUAAACAAGGACCAACAAAGGAGGGGAAUACAUUUCAAUUAAAAUGUAUUUCUUAUUUAUAAAGACUGGCGUUCACUCUUCCCACAAAUUCCCAGAAGUUUAUCUUUGAAGAGCAGAAGUUUUUUAAGGAAGUGUGGAGGAAUGCUCCGGAAAGACAGAUCCCGGUCAUACGAAGAGUUAAAUGAUGACGAUGAUGAAGCACAGAAACAGUCUGCAGGAUUCUUUGACGAUGCCAUCGAAGAGCUGGACCGAGAGGAGCCAAACGACGGCUCAGCGGAGGAGGACGUCAGGGAGAGCAGUCCCUCGAUGAGGUUCAGUAAGAGCUGCCUGAAGAACUUCUUCAUGGUGCUGCUCAUCUUCAUCUACCUGCUGCUCACCGGGGUCGCCUUCUUCCUCGCCUACCAGACCAUCUCCGACUUCCUGGAGAAACUCAACCACCCCGUCAUGUCCGUCACCUACAACGAGGUGGACUCCUUCCCGCCCCCGGGUAUCGCUCUGUAUCCGGGCAGAGCUGAGCUGCUGAGCUGCAGACAUCACUACCACGACUACAUCCCUCCGUUAGUCGACCCCGGGACGCACCAGGAGGGGGACUGCAUGAUCCAAGACGUGACGUACGACGGACCGUUCAGCAACCAAACCCAGAGAAAAGCUGUGGUGGUGCGCGGCCCGUCUGACGUCAGAAAAAAAGAGCUGAUCUUCAUGCAGUUCAGCCUCAAUGAGACGGAGGAGGACUUCAGCGCCAUCACCUACAUGCUCUUCUCCAAGUUCAGCGACCUGACUGAGAGUGAGAAUAAGUCUGACUUCAUGAGGGAGUGUGAGAGGAACUACUCCAUGUGGACGUUCUCCGGAGGGUUCAGGACCUGGGUCAAGAUGUCUCUGGUGAGGACGUCCGGAAAAAGCAAUGAGGCGGUGGCGUUUCGGCAAGAGUCUGCUGUGGUGAAAUUCAACGACAGAAGGCCGGACUCGGAGAAGAACAACCAGCUCUUCUUCGCCGUCUUUGAGUGGCGCGAUGCUUUCAUGCAAGACAUCCGACUGCUUGUGACGGCUAAUCCCUGGAACUCCGUGGCCAUCCUCUGCGGCGUCUUCAUGGCUCUCUUCAAAGCCGCUAACUUUGCCAAACUCACCAUCCAGUGGAUCAUCAAGAUGAGGAAGAGGCAUCUGAGGAAGAAAGCUCGGGAGCUGAGCCAAAUCCAGUGAGAGGCUUCUCCAGAAACACACUGAUGGCACAAUUUGACAAAGUCCUGAUAAUACAAGUGAGUUUUAUUGAGAAUCGAUUGGGUUUUUUAGAUUAAAUUACUGAUCUCAAGGUGGCAAAAUUAUUUGUUUCGGUAGCAGCAAAUUAACAAUGCAUCGCACAUUAAUUAUAAUAUUAACAUAUAAACAGUAGAUAUGCUUUAUCUACAGAGAAUCCAUCAAAAACACAACAUAAAAUAUAGAGAAAGGGUUAUUAGACCGACCUAAUAAUACCAUGUGCACAUAUCCUGGUAAAUACCAUAUGCAUGUGGUUGCAGUGUAAUGAUUACAGAAGAUGAACCUUUAUUUAUCAGAUGUAUUAUUAUAAAACUACUGAAUCCUACCGCCAGAUUUAUCAUUUCCCCACAAAAAAUGUACAAGAAUUCAGUGAAUUUGAAGUCGUUGUGGCAUUUCAAAAUAAGAGGUUUUAAAUAAAUGUUUUUACGCACAUAAAUGACAUUGUUUCUAAAUGUUUGAUAAGCUUUAUAAAGGAUGCUUUAAGGUGUGUCUGUUUCAGGUCUAAAAAACUGAGAAAAUGUGAAUGUCCAAAAGUUUAUGGAUUUUAUCAUUUUAUUCUGAAGGGAAUAAUGUUUUUUAGGCCCUACUUUUAUCAAGAAAGUUUCCCGUCAUGUCACAGAGAUUUGUAAUAAUUGUGAGGACUCCAAAGGGAUCAUUAUGAACUGCUUUUAUUUGUCUGUUCCUUCUGAAAUGUGUCUAAACGUUUGCUGAUUGUUUUUCAAAUUUACUUGAAUUACUGUUUAAUUGUCUUCCUGUUUAAGUUUGUAUCUGUGUUGCAAGAAAUCCUGGAAAUAAAAAUAUAUUUUGAUGCCUGAA